AUUUUUAAUUAGGGCAAACUGUUUCUGGAAAAUGAAAAAGAUGGAGUUCAUAGGCCAUGUGUUUGUCUCAACUUCAACAAUGAGUCAUUAAGGAGGCUGUUUCUGGAAGCUAGAUCACCCCUUUUUUUUAAUCGAAAAAUUGAAUAAAGGAAUCUUUCCAGCAUAACAGAUAGGAACGUAGUGCCAAUGUCAUGAAUGAAUCAUGGACAAAGUAACUGGUGAUCAGAUGACACAUUUGCAGGCAUCGGCUUCUCCCUUUGGGACUAGAUGUCGUGAUUUGUUUACCACUGGUUUAAAUCCAGUAUCUAGCAAUGGAAGGACACAAAUACUGUCUGACCAGUCUUCCUGUGGUUCUGAUGUUAGCUCUAAGAAGUAUGAUCUUUCUUCCGAUACUGAUUCAUCUUCUGGAACUGCCCUUUCGUCUGAUAGUUCCUUCUCCUCAACAAAUAAAAGAAAGAAAGGCAAAAUGUGUCAUCGGAGAAAACGUCAAUUUAGUUUGGCAAGUGCUGAAAGUAAAAGCAGUGACGAAGAGGAGGAGACCUUAAAACCGCUGGAAGAAAUCAUGCAGAUGGCAACAAAGCCCUUGCCUGCAACACCACAACCCAAAACAUUAAGCGCUUCACAGCUUUCUUUAUCACAAUCUCCUACAACUAUAUGGCCUCAUAAAGUACAAAGCCCUGCAGGAUAUGUUAACAAUAUGGAGCGACUCUUAAAGGAGAAGGAGGAAACGAUAAGGAUAAAUGAAAUGGAAAAGAAGCUGCAAGAAGAUAUUGAACAAGGAAUGGCCAUAUUCUGCUCAGAGAAAGAAAAUAAUACUGAAGAAGACCUUUCAGAAAACCAUAGGUCAUUUGUAAAGAGAUUUUCUGUAGCAAACAAAAACAUACCUGAUAUUCAUCCUGGGGAGGAAAUAUUCCAGCUAUCUGCAUCAGGUACUCUAUUUAACCAUCAUACCCUUGACCUGAGAAAUUCUGAAUUCAUUGCACAAAGUGCCGAAGAAAAGCUUAUCUUUAGCUGUGAUCAAACACAUCAGCUCAUGUUGGCCACUGAAGGACAUUUACCCUUUGUAUAUAGAGUCAAAAAAUGUCCAGAGCCCAUAAUGAAGUGGCUAUUCCAGAUGAUGUCUAUUCAUCCAUCCUACAUGAUUUCAGUUAAACUUCUCAACACACUGAUAAAUCUCACAUGCAACAGUUUUACAUUUUAUGAGCCCAGUUCAAUUCCUUGGAUUCCAUCAUUACAAGAUGUAGUUUCUGUAUUUGCAAACAUGGGAGUUAAUUUCCAAAACUGUCUUCCUCUUCAGCACCUUCAGUUCACUUCUUGCUACGAUGAUCUUGUAUGUGCAAUUAAUGGAAUAGAAAAAAGCCAACAAGCUAAUACAGAGCAAGUGUUUACACGGAUUCCAGAAACCCACUUAACUAAUGUGAUUAAGUUUUUAGGUUUUUGUACAGCUGUAUAUCCAGCAAGUUUCAAUGAUCAGGAAACCAUUAUCCUUCUUGCGAUUAUCUUUAAAUUACACUUGGAUAAGGAACUAAGACAUGUACCUGUGGUGGAUUUGCAUUGCCUUGUGGAGAACCUGUUUAAAAACAUCAAAGAAGGGGAUAGCAAGAUGGCGGAAAUGUGCACCGUCCUUAGCAAUCUCCCCAAUCACCAUCAUGAUUACCUUAAACUUGUGCAGCUUGUUCCUCUCUCGGGGCCACAUGGAAGAGCUGUAAGAAGAUACUUAAGCUUGCUCAUAAUUUCAAAACUUCUUGAAAACCCCACAUCUAUACCACCUGACUAUGAAUCACAGAUGUCAGUCUUGUGCCAAUGCAUGGUUAAAAUGAAGCCAUCUACUUUGCUUAAGAAAAUGCAAAAACAUUUGGAAAAUGACUCAAAUGAUGAUGAAGAUCUUGAUAAAGAGGCAUACUAUUUGACUCACAGUCUUCUGAGUUUGGUGAAUGAUGCAAGUGCUUCAGACAUAUGUCCAUCAAUCCAGAGAAAGUAUUUAUUACGGCUCUGUGGAGUACUUGAAAAACAUAUCAAAUCUGACAUCCGAGAAGAUGUAAAGUAUUUCUAUAGAACAAAGGUAAAAGAUUUAGUUGCCAGAAUAUAUGGAAAAUGGCAAGAAAUACUUCAUUACUCUCGUCCUGGCCAGGGCAAGCUCCAUGAUUAUUGGGAACCACUUUUUGAAAAUCCAGGGUCCAGCCUCCCACUUGAAGAAUGUGCAGAUGAGUCACAUGAAGAAGAUGCUAUGAUGUCAUAAAUAAAAACUUGAGCAACCAAGAACAAAACUACAACUAAAGCCUGGAACCUCUCCAAGUUAUUUAUACUCUACAUGCUUAAUAAAUCCUAUGCAUGUUACUUGCAGCAGCACUGAUACAAAUAAUGUCUGUAAAAUAGUAAAAUACUUAUUGAUGUCAGACUUAAACAUAUUUAUAGUAAAAGCUGAAGUUUGUGCCUUGCAUAACCUUUUGAUCAUAUGGCUUUAUAAUAAUCAAAGAACAAAGAUCAUUUAAGGGCACAUGUUUCUGUUACAUUGUUAUGGAUUGUACAUACUACAAAAUAUAUGUUCAAUUAUCUAAAUGAUUAAAAUGUGUGUUAAAGCAAUAGAAAGCUCAAAAAUGAAAUGUACAUGGGUGAACCUAUUAUUGUUUCAGCGGCAUACACAAAUAUGCUACAUGUGUCAAGAGCAUCAGGAUUCAAACACCAUGCCUGCUCAGAGAGCUGGUGUGGUUUGUAUUAAUGAACACUUAAUUUGUGUCAUACAAGACAAUGCAGACUCUCUGAGAAGCUGUGAACUUUGAAUGCUGGUGCAGAGGGCGCUCAAAGCAUAUGUGCAUAUGCCCCUGAAAAUGCUAAUAACUAGAAGCAUUUUUGCUAAUUAAAGUAUACUGCCAAAAAUAGUUCUAUUUAAAUGCAUCCAUGCACAAUUCAUUGUUGACCUUUUUGUCCCUUUAAAAUGCAUAGCAUUUUGUGUCAUUUACACAUAGAGUUAUUUUAAUGUUUAAUAUGUAUAUGUAUUGGUUAACUUUGUGCCCUAGAGACCAACUUUCCUUUUUGUUUGAGGGAUUUUCAAUAUUUAUAACAAAAGUAUCUUAACAAUACAUUAAAUAUCUUUUGCUUUUUUUUUAAACAUUGUGCUUCCCCCACACUCCAUAAGUAGGCCUAAAAUUAAAUCUGUAACCAUGUGAAUCAAAUAGUUGAUUUAAGGAAUUUCUGUAUUUUGAAAGUUUAAAGGGACACUACACCCACAUUUUUUCUUUUAUGAUUCAGAUGGAGCAUGCAAUUUUAAAUAACUUUCUAAUUUGCUCCUAUUAUCAAUUGUUCUUUGUUCUCUUGCUAUCUUUAUUUAAAAAGCAGGAAUUAAAGUUUAGGAGCCAACCCAAUUUAGGUUCAGCACCCUAUAUAGAGUUUGCUUAUUGGUGGCUGCAUGAAGCCACCAAUAAGCAAGCACUACCCAGGUUCUGAAUCGAAAAUGGGUCCGCUCUUAAGCUUUACAUUCCUGCUUUUUAAA